UCUACCUCCGUGUUGGUGGUGAUAACUAGGCUCAAGGCCGCGGCUGCGGUUCACACCAGCAGCUGCCGCCGGGACGAGCAUGUCAUCGUCGCAUGCCUCUUCACACCGGAGACCCGGUGCGACGUCGCUGCUUCGGGAGCUGCGAGGCACGCUUCGGCUGCCGGCGACCGGGACCCGUAACAGCUACCAUGUGUCGCUAUCCGAGGAGCGCCAUCAGGCCGCACAAACGACAGCUGCAGCGGCGGCAGCAGUUGCUAGUACUGCAGGUAGUGGCACAACAAGUGGUGCCGGAGCAGGCGAUUCAAGGCCGGGAGAUGGCACCGCCAGCGGUACGUCCGAUCUACAACAGCAGCAGCAGCAGCAGAUGGCCACCGUCGGUUCAGUUGCUUGUAAAGAACAACAGUUACAACACGGAUCAGGAAAUGGACAUUUCAACAAUAAAGCCACCACGACGGCGACGCUGCAGCAACACCUACUAUCACAUCUGCAUCAGGAACAGCAACAUCAAAAUGGUUUCCCAAGUAAGAUCUGCACCGGAGUAAGCGGACUCAGCUUACGGAAAAAUUUCUCAGCUGGGGGAGUUGGCCGAGCUGAUGCGCGGGCCGGCGGAAGUGUCAAAUGCGUGGUGCUGAUGCUCGACGAUAGUAAGCAGGCGUUCGAGGUGGCCAAACGGGCCAAGGGAGGCGUACUCGUCGAGCGCGUCUUUGAGUAUCUCGGCUUUCCACCCGUCGAACGCGAUUACUUUGGAUUGCAAUUCGCCGAGCGGACGGAAGAAGCCGACGGCAUGCGGUGGUUAGAACCCAGCAAAGCUAUCCGGAAGCAGUUCAAACUCAAUCCCCCGUACCUAUUUUAUUUUCGGGUCAAAUUCUACGUCAGUGACCCGUGCGCACUGCAGGAAGAAACCAGCCGAUACCAUUUCUUCUUACAGAUCAAGAAGGAUAUUCUCGAAGGGCGAUUGGUCGUUCCACAACCAACGGCUAUACUGCUCGCUAGCUACGCUGUUCAGUCGGAUCUGGGUGAUUAUAACCCAGAUGAACACUUGCACGGCUACCUGGCAGAUAUGCGUCUUGUUCCGAAUCAGACUGAAGAACUUGAAGCCAAAAUCGCUGAACUACAUCGAAUGCACCGGGGUCAAUACCCCUCUGAGGCGGAGUACAAUUUUCUGGCGCACGCGAAAAGGCUUGACAUGUAUGGCGUGGACCUGCAUCGUGCUCGGGUAAGCCCCUUGCUUCUCCGAAAGCAUCUCGGCAAAACGCAACAGCAACUACAUCCCAACGCAACGACUUCUCCCGGACAACACCAAACGAAACAAUCCAUCUGCUGUAAUGCCUCUGCAGCUUCUCCACCUCAGUCCAAUAACAAUAAUCAUGAAUCACCUCCUUGUUCCCACCCAGCAGGUAUCGUGCUCGUUACCCCCUCCUCAUGCAAUGUCCAACUGUCUCAUUCCUCCGGGUCAGCCCAACACCUCACCUGCUAUCUGCGACACUCCUCGUCGCAUCCCUCACCUGCUGCAGCCUUGUCGUCUGCUCCAAAUGGCAAACUCAACAAUAAUCAUAUCAAUGCUAACGACUCACAUCAGACACAAAAAACAGCAGCAGCAGCAGCAGCAAUAGGAAUUAAACAGGUGUCCAACAGUUGUGUCACUAAUCUCGUACAAUUGAACAGUGGCAGUCAUAGCAAUAGUGAUCAUGUGACGCAUGGCGUUGGCCAAGAGCACCAGCACGAUCAGAAUCAGUCGCCAAAAGGUCAGCUUCAUCCGCCCUAUCUCGGAUUGAGGCGGCACGGUCUUUCGCGAGGAGCGGUGCUCUCAGCUGGCCAGUCGAUUCGUAAAAGCAUUCGACGAUUGCCGCGAAUGGUCGCUCAGCUGGCGACCGCAACCCGCGCUAAUAGCAUAGGCGCGUAUGGAGCGUCUACCAACGCGUCAGACGAGUUUAUCGUUAGUAAACAUAACCCACAGUCGGCUGCUGGGGACAAUGCGCACGGUGGCAUGAUCUUAAUAGGGAAUAAUAAGGAUAACUGUAGCAGCUCUCAGCAGCAGCAGCAUCACGAUGGAUUUCCUGGAGUAGGAGUGGCCGGAGAGAGUGCACCUGCCAUUGAGCUGAUUGGCAAUGGACUCUCGAGCGAUCUCAUCAACCCACUUUGCAUGGACUCAAAACAGGCCGAUAUUCAGCUUGGUGUGACAUCACAGGGUCUCGUCGUGUUCCAGAAUAAUAUUAAGAUGAAUACGUUUUCAUGGGCUAAAAUCAUUAAAAUUUCAUUCAAGAAGAAACAGUUUUUUAUUCAACUUCGAAGAGAAGGGGACGAAGAGUACGAUUCACUGUUAGGAUUUAACAUGCAAUCGUACCGGUCGUGCAAGAAUCUAUGGCAGUCAUGUGUUGAACACCAUGCCUUCUUCCGACUGCAGUCAACGAGUCACCGACCUCCGCCGUCACGUCGACUUUUCCAGCUAAAUGGCGGCCUUGGUCUGUUCCACAUCGGCAGUAAGUUCCGCUAUUCUGGCCGGAGUGCAUUCGAAACGAUGCGUGAGGCCGAACUUAGACAACGGCAAAUGAUGGACAAUUUAGCGAACAACUUAGAAGGCGGCGCUUGCCCCGAAGAGAGAGAUUCAAUGGGUGGCGCCGAAUCGUGGACGCGCGGCUAUGGAGACCAAACAUCGAGCAGGUCCCCAAACAUGCUAGGCCCCUCUGCCCCAGCCGGCAGCACGCCCCAGCUCAACAACACUUCACAUCAUCAACAACCGCAGCAACAACAUACAACCAUCCCGACGACCCCUCAUCAGCAUCAUACCCCGGUUCCCGGUCACUCCCUACCCUCCGGCGUUGCAUCGAAGAACGUCGUUAUAUCCACCACUACCGCCACCAGUGGAGGCCCUGUCAGGUCUCUGGCCUCAGCCUUGAGUCCGGCGUAUCCGAAUUCACAGGGCUCGCAAACACAGGUGAUUCACAGGCAUUCUCUCUCUCAUCUUACCCAGAACGCUGGGAGUCAGGCUCCACAAGGCUCGGACAGGUCGAAGAACCGGGAGACGAGUCCUCGCAGAGGGGCUACGACGACCACGGUAAACAACAACAACAAUACCGACAGUCAGAAUGUUUUCGUCACGGCAGGUGGCAGCGGCACUGUCACGAUGCACGUCAGGAGUCAUUCUCAACCGCAUACUCAUCAUCGGACACCGCUGACGCCUUCGAGACAAAGUACUCAUCCAAGGACCAAUCAACAACAACAGUCAACUCAUCAUGCAGCUGCCAACCAGCUUCUCCAACAGGUUCCAAUUGCCGGAGCAGUCACGACAGCUGUAGUUUCGACACACGUAACUCAUCUGCACUCACAACCGCAACACUCACCACAACAACUACAACAACAGCCACCUGUGAAGGGGAGAGGGGCCUAUAUGUGUACCACGGGAGUUCAUGUCCAAACACCCCCUUGCGGGGUCGGUGCCGGAGCGCAGGGGCCACACGGCCUCGUCAGCUAUGGCCAGGGUCACCAGAGUCAUCCGCGGCCUUCGCAGGUCCAAGACGACCCCCGCCGGACGCUGACGCCACGUAAAGCGUGGAUUGAUGCACAGGCGGGCCCUCUUGACACCGCCAACCGACAGCAGCAGCUUCCGCAGCCAAGCCUUGUCGUCAGCAGUAACAAUGGUAGUAAUAGCAACAAUGGUCAACAGGUCAACAAGUGCCAAACAGCUAGCAGUAACAACAACAACAACAGCAGCAGUAACAGCAGCAGCAGCAGCAGCAGCAACAACAACAACAACAACAACAACAACAACAACGUGCAAGCGGAUGAGAGCUCCGGUGGUCUAUUGGAGAGCAUCUUACGUAGCACCAACUUAGCAGCAGUGGCGGGUUUUGCGCCGCAGGCUGUGCGGGGCGAGCCCAUCCGCGGCCUGCGCUAUGCCGACGAGGAUGACUACGCCGACGGCGAUGAGGCCAUAUUAGCCGGCAACCAAGUGGCUACUCAGGCGACUUCAGGCAAUUCCGCCAUCGACGAACCUCACGUAUCGAGCGCUGUCACCACAGACACUCAUCUACAUUUACAGCAACAGGGUAGUUAUGGGUCGGUGGACGCGUCAGCCGUCAGCUGUCUUGGAGGGGUUGGCACAGCGCAGUUGGAUAAAAGUGCAGGCAGCGAUUCGCUCAACAACAAUAGCAACAAUAACAACAACAACAGCAGCAGCAGCAGCAGCAGCAGCGGCAACAACAACAACAACAACAACUUCACGAGCUGCAACAAAAGUGCGGCUAGUAAUUUGCAAUUGGGGAAAAGCACGCAUCUCAGCCAUAUGGGUCACAACAAUAACGCGAAUAUCAAUAUAAGUAAUAAAAAGGGUAAGAACAAUAAUAGUAGUCAUGACAACAACAACCAUAGCACAAGUAAUAAUGGUCAACAGCGGCCUACAGGAGCAACGUUAAAAGAGGCGAAAGAUUUGCACUCUCCGGGCUCGACGAUUUCGUAUCUCAGCUCGCCCAGUAGCGAUUCAAUUGGGGUAGCCUCACUCGUCAGGAUUGUGCUUAAGGCAGAUGGACAGGGGAGAUUCGGCUUCAAUGUUAAGGGUGGUCUUGACCAGAACAACUCAGCCAUUGUGGUUUCCCGCGUGGCGCCUAACACCCCAGCGGACCAAGCCGCCCCAAGGUUGCGUGAAGGCGACGAAGUCGUUGCAAUCAAUGGCUGCGAGGUUCGUGGCUUAACACAUGAACAGGUGGUGAAGCUGAUUCGGGCAUCGUGGCUAGACGAUGUCGGUUGCACAUCACAGGGGGGCAGUGUGUCGCCUUUAGUGGGAAGCGCCACUCAAACGACUUCAGCAGUGCAGAGCGGCGAGUCUGGGAUUGCGGAUAGCGCUCAUAUGGGCGGUAGCGCCGAGAGACCUCACCGUAAAAAAGAUAAGCGGCGACCUCAACCAGCACAGGCUCCGGGUCCUGUCUCCCACACCUCGCAGCAGCAGCAACAGGCCACACAGGUGCAAGGAGAGCUUGUGCUAACUGUUCGACCACAAGCCUUCGUGCUUCGACGAGGUGGGACCGAUACAGAUCCCGAAUCUGAGCCGGAUUUCCAGUACAUUCCGUUAUCGUCGGAUGAUCUGGAGUCACCAAGAGUGGCCGGAACGGCGAGUGUCCCUCUACGAGAGUCGAUGUUAUUGCUAAAGGAGGGACUGCAUAGUGGGGCACUCGUCGCCCAGUUUGACCAGCUUUAUCGAAAGAAACAGGGCAUGUCGUGUGAUGUAAGCAAGCUCGCUGCCAACGCUCUCCGCAAUCGCUAUAAGGACAUUUCGCCUUAUGACAAAACUCGGGUAAUACUGACAACAGAUGCGGGCAAUACCAACGAUUACAUCAAUGCCAGCUAUGUAAUUAUGAAAGUGCCAAGCUCCGGUAUUGUCAACCGUUACAUUGCGACGCAGGGUCCGCUACAAAAUACGGCGAUCGACUUCUGGCAGAUGGUGUGGGAGCAACAAAGCACACUCGUCGUCAUGCUUACGACGCUCGUCGAGAAGGGCCGACUCAAAUGCUACAAGUAUUGGCCGUCCCUCUAUGAGACUCAGUCGUUCGGCCAGUUGCAGGUAUCCUGUGUAGCCGAACAGGAAACGAGCAGUUUUGCGUUUCGCGAGUUCUCGUUGGUGCGUAACGAUGGUACCGGUGACGAGGAGAGGCACAUCAGUCACAUGCAGUACCUCGCCUGGCCUGACCACGGAGUACCCGAUGACGCCACGGACUUCCUGGAGUUCAUUGCCAGGGUGCGCAGUGCUCGGGAUGCGAUGGUCGAGCCAACGAUCGUGCACUGCAGCGCAGGCAUAGGUCGCACUGGCGUUCUGAUCCUGAUGGAGACGGCGAUGUGCCUUAUUGAAGCUAACGAGCCCGUCUAUCCGCUCGAAAUUACACGUACGAUGCGAGACCAACGUGCGAUGCUCAUACAGACCGCUAGUCAAUACAAGUUCGUCUGCGAGGCCAUCCUCAAGGUUUACCGGGAAGGCAUUGUCAAGCCGCUGCCCGAGUACCAGAGAUGAUAGGCUAGAAUUCGCCACAAAAAAAAA